AUGGAUCUCGCAAGUCUGAAGGAGGCUGCGGCCAAUUUGUCCCUUUAUGACCUUAAGGCCGGUGUCCGAAAGGUCCAAAAUGCGGUUAUGAACUACACGGAGAUGGAGGCAAAAGUCAGAGAGGCCACGAAUAACGAACCAUGGGGAGCCAGCUCUAGCCUGAUGCAAGAAAUCGCAAAUGGGACAUACAACUAUCAAUUACUUAACGAGAUCAUGCCCAUGAUCUAUAAACGUUUCACGGAGAAGGCAGCUGAAGAAUGGCGGCAAAUCUACAAAGCUCUCCAGCUGCUGGAGUUCCUAAUCAAGAAUGGUUCAGAGCGGGUUAUCGACGAUGCGCGGUCUCACCUCACCCUUUUAAAGAUGUUGCGGCAGUUUCACUUCAUCGACCCGAAUGGCAAAGAUCAAGGGCUAAACGUCCGAAACCGAGCCAAGGAACUUGCGGACCUCCUCAGCGAUGUUGAUCGAAUCCGAGCCGAGCGGAAGAAAGCACGAACAACGCGAAAUAAAUACACCGGCGUUGAGGGGGGAGCUGGCUUAGGUGGCGGCCUUUCUAGUGGCAGCAGAUAUGGAGGGUUUGGAAGUGAAGAACAGGGUGGGUAUGGAGGUUAUAGUGGUGGGGUAUAUGGUGACGGAGGCGGUUUUGGAGGCCAAUCAAGUGAUUUCCAAGAUACUGGAAGCCGUGGCGAUUCGGGCGGCCCUCGCCGGGAUAGAUUCGAUGAAUAUGAUGAAUAUGACGAGGGGGCAGUAGCUGCUCCAGGACGGCGACAGGCCGAAUCCUCAGCCGCAUCCUCAAGCCGACGGAAGACAACCGAGAGCGUUGCCAAAAAAGCAGAACCACCCAAAAAGAAGGAACCCGAAGUGGAUCUUUUCUCUUUUGAUGAUCCAAUUCCAACCUCUGCCCCUGUGGUAGCACCCAUAGCUGCAGGCGCUUCAAACGCUGCUGAUGAGGAUGAUUUCGAUGAUUUCCAAUCUGCCACCCCUUCAGUGCAGCCAGCGGCUCCAACAGCAUUCUCUCCACUCUCUCAGCCAACUGCUACAACCACAGCUACCACCCAAUAUGCUGCUCCCCAGCCAAUCUCAGCGCCAAAACAAGCAAACUUGUCAGAUUUGGUUGGAUUCUCAUCCAUUUCACCCGCGCCAACUGGCGCCCCCACUCCAGUCAACUAUUCAUCAUUUUCAACUCCAGCUGCACCUGCAGCUCAACAACCCAAGCCUACCGCAUACCAAGGCUCACAGCCCAACUACUUCACAUCCGUUCAAGUCCCUACAACACAAACAAAGCCAGCCUUGGGUGCGUCAUCCGCAAAGUCCCCAGCUGCGGCAAAACCUUCUUCAGGGCAAGACGCGUUUGGUUCUCUCUGGUCGACGGCAAGCUCUGGGGUUAAGAAGACCACUGCCCCUACUGCGGGCCCUGCACUUGGACAGCUGGCGAAGGAGAAGGCUAGUGCCGGUAUCUGGGGUGCUGGCUCAUCUACAAAUACGGCGCCCCCGCAGCAACGGCAAAACCCGGCAGCAGGACAGCAGAAGCUGGGAGGUGGCCUGGAUGAUCUCUUGGGCUAG